CCCACACAAGGUCGGCUUGACAUCCAAGUUCAUCACUUAAUGGCGGGAUUUUCGAAGUUGCUCUGUGAUGUCGCGCUCGAUUUACACCAACGAAAGAACUUACUUGAUGACAGUAAAAAUUCGGUAAAUUUGAUUCACACAGAUUGCGAAGCUAUCUGUGUUUCCCUGCUGAAAAUGUUGUUUAUCAUUAAUAAGUCUCGUUCGCAUAAAUCCGUAGACCCUAAGAUUCUUCUUACACAUCGUUCAAAGCCUUCAAUGCACAAAGACUCUGUUGAGUGGGAAUUUCGAAUGAUUACUGGAACCACUUCUGAAUUUUAUACCGAUCUCCUAUCAUUAAGGGAAAUUUUGCUGCAACUUCCAUCAAUAUCAGCUGGCAUGUUAUACUUCUUUCGUUCAGACUCGUCCAUCAUCGACAACCUGUGCUUCUCGUUUGUUACUUUCCUAGGUGAUUUCGGUCUGUCCCCUAAGUUGUCAUUAUUCAUACGCGGUCUAGUAACUCCUCCUCAGAAGGUGGAUUUCAGCCACUACAGCGAAACUGUUAUCGUGCAUCUUUCCCAGUAUCUUAUCUCUAGAUCACCUGGAGUGGAUCGUUUCUUAUCCUUUUUAUUUUCGGAUUUGAUCUCAGAAAUUACGAUUAUAGACAAAACACAUACAACUGCUGCAGAAGUUGAUAAGUGUUUACCACACGACAUUCAAUCCAUCCGUCCAUCUCCUCUGCAUUCAGCUGACAGAUUAGUGUCACUGCUGAAUCUAUUGUUUUCAAAACUCUCUAGUUCUAUUACACUUGUGCCAAAACUAUUGAUUCAAUUUCUUGGGAGGAUUCGGCAUCAUUUUAAAAACAAUGAACAUUCACUGGAGGACUUGGACAUACGUCUGGUAAAGCUUUUCGUCGAUACUCUUAUGAUCCCAGCAAUUUUGUCGCCUAAUGAUUAUGGCAUCUUUUCCAAAGAUUAUCUAACUCCCGUUUGCCGCAAGCUGUUGAAGCAACUCGCUUUGGCAUUACGUUUAGUUGUAUCGGUGUGCAACACGAACUCAGCAGCAACCAGUCAGGUUCACUGGCUAUCUACGGACAUUCCUUCCGACCAACUGCUCAAACAGUGUAAUCUGACUCAACUGCGUGCUUUCUUCAGCGAAUUAUGCACUCUUACGGAUGAUGCCGCGUCUCGCUACGCAGGAACCAAUUCGCGCGUCACGAGCAAAUGCCCGCUUACUCUUCCACAUCAUCCAGGUUGUGAUGGAUUUCACGCGAUCACCGAGUACCUUUUUGCCGAGCCCCCAGUUAUACUCCUAAGCAUAACUGAUUUAAAUAUUCUGGACCCUGUCUACGCAUUGCUCAUACUUAUACCGUUUGACAAUUCCACUUCCGGCUUCCACACAUUCACGUUCGUUUCUCAUAAUCUUUUGAACGAAGCUCCCCCAUCUUGAGUUGGAUCAUUUCAUUUUUGCAGUUGGUUCAUAGUUUAGCUGAAACUUGACAGGGCACCACACUGUGGUACGAGGACUGUGGUGAGGGAACGCCGAUACGACCCAUUUCGAUAAUCAACGGAGGAGCUCAACUUAGGCUCC